CUAGUUUCCGUUAAAAAAAUCAACAAAAGCCAGCAACGGUUCUUCUGUCGUACACCGCAAGAUUGAUUUUUACUUCAAUAUUAUUAAAAAUGUGUAUAGAAAAGUAAUAUUUCUACAUUUUUUAAGCAAAAGAAAAGUAUCAGCCGUUUAUUAGGGUAUUUAUACUGAUAGUGCGUCUAAGGAAUUGUUCAAUAUGAAGGAUCCUUUUGUGAAGGAUUCUAUUAUCGAUUCGCCGGCUAAGGAUAGCUUGAGAAAUGUGGACGGGUGUUACAGCAAGAACUUAUUUAAGAAUAAUUCGUUUGCUAACUCCCGACGCGCAUUGCAGUCGGGUGCAGACAAGAUAUCAAGAACUUUUCGGAGCGUAAGGAAUACUUUCGGAAAUCUGUCACAGCAUUUCAGACUGGGAGGCAGGCGUCGUCACCGGCUAGCUGAGGCUGGCUCUCCUUGUCGGGCACCUACCACACCAGUUAUGAAAAAGAAGCAGCUUUUGGGCAGGAGCCCAACAAAGCUGUAUAGUCCGUUUGGAAUAGAGACACCGCAUAGCAGAGACUUUAGAAUGUCACCAUACAUGCCCGACACACCAGAUCAUGGCCUGUCACCGAAGCGCCGCAAGGGCGUCACUCACUCGUGGCAUAUCCUCGCUAAGAAGAGACCGCGGGCACUUUUCCAUUGAUGCUUUACAAUAUUAACUGUGCGCACAAAAAAUGUAUCCCACCGCUUACUAUAAGACUAGCUUUUAAAACACUUGAGACUGUUAACCGCAGAUUUCGAAGUAGGAAAUCCAUUUGACCUGUGUCAUGUUCGCUAAUUUGGAAAGCCACUUAUGCUCAGCCGUAAAAUGUUAACUAUACAGCAGACAUCGACACGGCGUCCAAAUGUUACUAACUUACGCUAUCAUUGGCCUCUUUCUAUUUUAAACAGCCUGAUAAAAAAAUUGAAUGAAAUGGAAAUCAGAUUUAACAUGUCCAAAUGGUUAAAAAAUAAAUUUAAAAAGCUUAUAACUGGAAAACAUUUUGUUAUAAAUAACGUUUUGUUUAAUAGAGAUGCCAUAACAUAGGAAUUUCACAGCUUCCUACUGAAGGCUGAUUUUCUAUAAGGUUUUCCCAGGGAUAAAUGCAUACCAAAUUCUGUAAAUUGGCGGUUAACAGUCUCUCGUUGGUUAUAUCGUCGAUAUUUUGUAUGCAAUUGGUGCUAUUCUAUAGUAAUCUCUUAUUUUUGUAAUACAUCGCGAUUGGCUUGUUACUUCCAUGUAUAAUUUUCAACAUUAGUACAUUAAAUAUUUACUUUGAGCUAACAAAACAUAGACAGUAACCAAAGAACAAGAAUUUUACCUAUGAGUAUUUCAAUAUUAAUUGUACUGAUUUUGAAAACACUGCCUGUAUUGUUUACAACUUUUUAUUGGCUGGAAUAAGUCAUAUCCUGUUCAAUUUCUCUAAGGAGACCUAUUUAUUAUCAAUAUAUGGUAUACUUAUUUCCAAUUGUAUUAAGACAAGUAUUUAUAUCGUAUUCAGUAUUAUUAACGCCAAAAUAUAGCUUUGAGUACAAAUUGUAUAAGUAAUGUAUUCAGAUGUAUGGUGUAGCAAAAUAAUACGAUCCCAAGCCGAUAGUUGUAAAAAAGUUGGUAAAAAGUUUGAUACUAUCAAUGUUCUUUACAUUACUUUAAAGAUAUUAAAGAAAUAUUUUGAUAGUUGCCACAAUAUGUAACAUGGAUAGUAAUUUGAUGAACAAUCAGACUUACAAAAUCAAUGUGCAUUUAAAUGAAUAAAUGGUUAUCGCAAUUAGCGAACUACAUCACCUUAUUAAAGUAGAAAUGCUAUAAUAUGUUUAAAAGCCUACUUGUGAAAUGUUUGCGCCAGUUUUGUAAAUCUGAUUGUUUUCAUUAAUUUUCGUUGCUGAUGGUGUGUUUGUACUUCAGCAUCAAGGGGAAAAAUUGCAUUUUAUGAUUUGUCUUUACAAGGGCGGAUAGUAGUUAUAGAUUGUGAAAUGUUGAACAUUUAAAAUAAUUUCUAUCAUUACAAUGAUUGAAAUGAAAAACUUUCACAAUAGAUGAUGUAAUGCAAGUUUCUGUUGGUGACCAAUAAUUACAGUAUUGUAAUGCCUUACGGCUGAUAAUAAAUAAGAAAAAAUCUGAUAAUACCCAAUCGAAUGUGAAGGAUGUUAGAAAACGGUGCGACAAAUACCUUUUAUCUCGCCUCUUAGGCAGGAUUAAGGGAAAUAAUAUUUGUUUUGCUACACCACUAUCGUUAAAAACGUAUCACGUACUUAAUAUAUAAUUUUUACACUAUACGCUUCGCUGUGACAAUAUUGUAGUCGGCUAAUUUACACGUAGGUUAAGAUUGUGUGACUUUUCAGGUUUUAUUUACCGGUUACAGUCCGCCUCAUAAGUAUGGCAUCUGAUUGUAGGAAAUUGGCAACUUUUUGUAAUGUAGGGUACGAAAUUUAAGGGAGGUGGCGUUGACUGUACUUUUGAAGACUGAUUGUCUUGUAGUUUGUAUUUUUACCUUUUAUUUCUCUGUCCGAGGCUCAAAUGUAUCUAUUUUUAAUAUUAUAAUAGUACUUACGUAUUAUUUAGAUUGUAUUUUCAUGAUUUAUAUGUAAUGCAUUAGCUAUGUUCUACAGUAUCGUCCUAUUAUAUUUGGUUUUCUACGAAUUAGCAUUUUAUUUGAUACCAUCGCCCAGUACAUCCAGACUUUAUUUAAUUAGUAUUAAUGAGGAACCGCUGCAUUAGCAAAAUGUGUGUGGAACGAAAAAAGGUGCAUUUUUCAAAAAAUAUUUUUAUUUUUACAAGUUAGAAAAUAACAUCUUAGAAAUCUGUACUUACAUGCCUUUGAAGCAUUAUUAACAGAUACUUUACAAACAAAAGAUCCUUAACAUUAAAAUAAAUCUCGUUAGUCAAGUCUAAGAAUACGGGUCUUAAAGUAAUUAAGACGAUCACAGCGAUGUCUAGAUCUACUAACUAAAUAUUUACACAUCAAGUGUAAAAUACACAAAUAUUUUUGCCAAUUUCAAGUUCAAAAACUUUUUAGCGUUUCCUUAGCUUACAAAAAAUAUAUGUUAGCUUAAAGUUUAACCGGUUACUGCACUGAGAACUAAACUUAGUUCAAUCUAGUUAAAUUCAUAAAAGCGUUAAUAUAGGAGUAAAUCUACUGAUAAUGUGGAUUUUCUCGUAAUUAUUAACUUUUCUUUCUGUAUCAUAUUCUCGGGAUCGGCGGCGAGAGGAAUCGCGAAGUGAGUUACAAGCGCAAGGCUUGCAGUUCGCAACGCAAGGUUCGCAUAAGGCUCGACUCGCCGAUCGCGAGAGCUUUAAAUCUGGUAUCAAAGGAAAUAACUUGAAAUAAGCUAUAAUGUUUUUCUAUAUAAACUAAUUAGAGUUACGCUCUGACACUACAUAUGAAUUUAACCUUCAUUCAAUUUCAAGUCUUCUGUAAAAUUACACGAGAGCAAUGAUUAUUGACUAUGAUAGGAAUAUAAAAAUAGGAUUAACAUUUUGCUAUUACAUUGUUGAUUAUACCAAGAAACAAAGGCACAUCUUGAUUUUGGCUGUCAAACAAAUAACAAUCUGUUUUAACUAAUUAGGUACUUUUCUUUCGUCAGGCACAUAAAGGGCAAAUGUCAUCACAACAUUGUAAAAAAUAUAUAUAACCCUGUAUAUAUAUAACAACAGUUGGGUGAAAAAAACUUGAAAAAUAUAAGCAAAUAAUUUUACAUUUAAAAUUACCAAGGUAACAAUUAACUAAUUGUUACCUUUUUUAUAAUUAACUUUUGUUUGAUCUACAGUUUUUUUAAUUAAAACAAUAAUCAGCAAACUUAAAAAGAAUAUUCAAAUCAUUGAUUACUAAGAGAGGCCAUUAAGCCGUACUUUCACAGAGAUUCCAAACUCCAUCAAAACACUAAUUUGUUUCUCAUUUCAGCAAUUUUAACACUUUCUAUAACUUCACACUAAAACUUUCUUAAACAGUAACAAAAAAAAACAUGUUUAACAAUAUUACGAAUAACUUUUCUAAAGCCAAACAAAUCUCUGUAUCUUUCUAACAAAAAAACUACAACAUAUAUUUGAGACAUUUUUUUAAUAUUUAUACAUCUCUCGAGACAGGUAUAGACAUGUAACUGAUAGUUAGCCUGCCGCACCCUCUUAACAACUGUUGUCGUUUGAAAAAAAAAAAA